GAUUUUUUUAAAUUGAGAUUAACCAGAGAUCAGUAUGAGGUGAACCAAAUAAGUUAAAACAGAAUUGUCACAAAAACAUUUACUAUGUAAAGCUAUCAAUUGGAUAUUGCUAUCGAUUAGAUAUAGCUUGACUAAUAAUAAUUUAUCAAAACUUUCUUAAUUACCUAUAAAAUGCAAUCAGAAAAAGAUGGUGAAGACGAAAAUUUUAAAAAACGAGUUGAUUCAAUUUUUGGUCAUUUAGAUGAUAUACAAAAAAAGCAUGAAAAUGUUGUUAUUGAUUACGAAAAAUGCGUCUACCCGCUAAAAUACAACAUUCAAUUUCAGAGUGAAGACAGAUUUGACAUAGCACCAAAUAAAAAUAAAGAUAGCGCCAAGAGAAAGCUUCCUAAACAAGUUCCAGAUCACGUUCUUAAUCCGCAAAAAUGGAAAAAGUAUAGUUUAGAAGAAGAUGGUUCAAAUGUUCCGUAUGGUUUGUCUCCAGACGAUUUAAAUCGACAAGUGGCUCUCGGUUUUUUAGAAUCUUUAAAAAAAAGAAAGAGUGAUUGUCAACUAGAAAAAGAUACAAACCAAAUUAAUCCUGUUUUUACGAAACCAAGUGAACGAAAAGAUUUUGCUACGCAAAAAGAUCCCUCUGGUUCUGUUCAUAAUGGACUCAGUCACGUGAUGAACACAUUUGAGUUUGGUGAAAUUUCAUCAAAUUCAAAACAAUUACCAAAGCCGAAUCACCUGAAUUCAUCUACAGUAAACAAAAUAGAUUUAAGUUUUAAUGAGGAUGAAGAAGACGAGGAUGAUAGCUCUGAUAAGAAGGAUGUAUUAUCUGUCGAUCCAAUCAUUUUUAAGAAAACUAUUACCAACAAAAAGUUCCGAAAACGAACAGUUGAUGAUAAUUUAGACGAAUCUUAAUUAAAUAAUGUUUUUGGAUUCA